GCCCUAAUUGCAAUGUGUGUGUGGCCGUGAAUACAGGCGGAGCAGAUAGAGGAUGGAGCAGAGGGACCGAGGAGCAGCCGCCUCAGAUCUCAUGCCCAAAACAUCACCUUCCGCGCGAGAGGAUUCGCCUUCUCUCCACGCGCAGAGUUUGGAUUCCGCUCGCGUUCAUUCGCGUCCUCGCUUCGUCGCUGACAGCAGCCGCGCGUCGGUCCGCUUCUGCCGUCUGUCUGUGAACACAGCACCGGUUCUGGCUUUUAUGUCCCGGUGAAAUUCUACUGAAAACGGAGGGGGAGAAAAAAAAAAAAAAAAAAAAAAUAAAAAAAAAACAACCAAAAAAACCCAGUGUGAUACAUUUCACGCAAGGUUUCACACAUUCAGCUGGACUGCAAAGUCGCUCCUCCAAUCGAAAUGGAUGAAGACAAUCAUGUCCCUGAGGAUCUGUCUCUGGAGGAGAGGGAUGAGCUGUCCAGCAUCCGGCGGAGGAAGAGGGAGCUGCUUGAUGACAUCGAGAGGCUGAAAUUUGAGAUCGCAGAAGUCAUGACAGAGAUUGAACAGCUGACGUGUGUCGGGGAAAGCAAAACGUCCCAGAGGAACAAGCAGAUCGCCAUGGGCAGGAAGAAAUUCAACAUGGAUCCCAAAAAGGGAAUCCAGUUCUUGCUGGAGAACGACCUGCUCCAGAACACUCCGGAAGACAUCGCCCAGUUCCUCUACAAAGGCGAGGGCCUCAACAAGACCGUCAUCGGGGACUACUUGGGCGAGCGGGACGACUUCAACAUCAAGGUGCUUCAGGCUUUUGUGGAGCUGCAUGAGUUCGCCGACCUGAACCUCGUCCAAGCGCUGCGGCAGUUCCUGUGGAGUUUCCGUCUGCCAGGUGAAGCCCAGAAGAUCGACCGCAUGAUGGAGGCGUUUGCCUCGCGCUACUGCCAGUGCAACCCUGGAGUCUUCCAGUCCACAGAUACCUGCUAUGUGUUGUCAUUCGCUAUCAUCAUGUUGAACACCAGUCUACACAAUCCAAACGUCAGAGACAAGCCCCCCGUCGAGCGUUUCAUCUCCAUGAACAGGGGAAUCAAUGAAGGAGGCGAUCUGCCAGAAGAGCUUCUCAGGAAUCUUUACGACAGCAUCAAAAAUGAGCCCUUCAAAAUCCCAGAGGACGACGGGAACGACCUGACACACACAUUCUUCAACCCGGACAGAGAGGGCUGGCUCUUAAAGCUGGGCGGCAGAGUCAAAACGUGGAAGAGAAGAUGGUUCAUCCUAACUGACAACUGCCUCUACUACUUUGAAUACACAACAGACAAAGAGCCUCGCGGAAUUAUUCCCCUUGAAAACCUGAGCAUUAGAGAGGUGGACGAGCCCAGGAAACCAAACUGCUUUGAGCUCUACAAUCCCAGCCACAAAGGUCAGGUCAUCAAGGCCUGCAAGACAGAGGCAGACGGGCGAGUGGUGGAGGGCAACCACGUGGUGUACAGGAUAUCGGCCCCAACCCCGGAGGAGAAGGAGGAGUGGAUCAAGUCCAUCAAGUAAGACCCGGCUUGUUGGCGCGGAUCCAUUUCCACUCAGGGGGCACUUAGCCAGCGCCCACAUGAGACGUUCACAUGUCUGACCUUCACACUGGGA